AUUAUUUGACAUUCACGUUUAAAUUCAAGUUAGUUAGAAAUGUGAGUUAGUUUUAUGGUAAAAAUGGAUUAUUCCAAUGAAGAAAAGCGUGACAUGAUUGAAACCUACAUUAGAUGUGAUAGAAAUGCUGGACCAGCCUUUGAUUACUAUUUUGGGAGGUAUUUUGACCGUAGUCAGCUGUCCUUCAAAACACUCAAAAGAUUAUACGACAAUUUGAUUUGGGCACUUAUAUGGAAGCUUUACACAGCCACCAAAGGGUGUUAACGUUGCAUUUUGAGAUGAGUGGAGAAAUCGAGGUCCCAGAAACGCCCAACUGGCUGAACGAUUUGGAAGCGAAACGGGAACGAAGACUCAAAGUGAGAUUGGGGCACGAAGCUGGAGCCGGGGCUCCCUGCCUCAAAUGCGGCGAUAAAUGUCCGGGGCUGGACCUGCACUUUUGGAGGAAGGCAUGCAAGAUUUGCCGCUGCCCCAAGGAAGAGCACGACGUUCCUGAUGACGAUAUCUAUGGCUGGGCGCAAUUUCAAUUACUGGGCAGUAAACCGAAUAAAAUCAAAACAAAAAUUGUUCUUCCCGGGAGAAAUGACGAGGUGGAGCUGGACUGGGCCCCUAAAGGGCAGAAAGACACCAUUGACAAAUAUCUUCAAACACUGCCGACGGAAGCUUUGCCAGUUAAAGGUUCUCAAGCAGCCCACCAAAGAAAGCAGCUCCUGCAGAAGCAGAUUCCGAUUCACGACAUCGACCCCAGCCUAUGCCAUGAACUCAACGAAGAAGAAGUGGCCAAAAUGGAGGAGUAUAUCGGACACAUCAAAAACAGUUCGGUGGGAGUAGGACAAAUAGUUAGUUUAUCCAACGUGAUUAAUGCGAAUAUACACAACAUCAGCCCUCAAGAGGCCCAUAUAAUCGCCAGCCGCUACUCGCAAGGAGUACCCUUAAGUGAAAUCGUGAAAGUCCAGGCGGAUUUGGCACAAAGUCUGGAAAAUCUAGCUCUUGACCGAUCCAGAACCCCAAAGAACCAAUCGAAACUGCCUAAUAUGCAGCCAGUCAAGUCGACGCCCAUCAUUGGGAACGAAAGCCUGAACGCCAGUUCACCGGCUUCGAAAUUCAAGGACAUUACCCAUCCUUGGUACUCAACCUCUAGUGCUGCAAGAGCUUUGAAUGCUCAAUUCCCAGAAGCACUAAAAUCCACUGGGACUGUGCCUUGUCUAGACUGUUCAGUAGACGACAAGAUGAUGCAAGGAACAAAGUUCAAUCCGGCUUUAACUCCCGGUCAGUUUGUAAAAAACUGCUCCCCAGGUCAUAGAUCGAGAGAUCAAGAAAUUGAGCUCAAUAAAGAUGCUCCACAUAUUCCUGGCUAUAACAGUUUAACCCAUCCAUCUGUUAACCGCAAAAGCCAUGACCAGUACGGUUUUGAGAACCCUUAUUUCAACCAGAAACAGUUACCUGAAUAUAGUCCAUUCAAGUAUCACAUUCAGUCUGAGACGCAAGACCCACAAUUACCUAAAACUGUUAAAGACUUGAUGUACAGCACGUACGAUGCCACCAAAAGACCCGCAACUCAGAGCCAGGUCGAUAAAGAUCGGAAAGAUUACAACGAUGUAUUGCAUAAGCACAAACAAGCUGAUCGCUCCUCAGACAACAGGCACAUUAUACCUAAAUAUGAUCCGUUAGUUGAAAAAUCGGCCCACGAAGAUUUUAGAUACCCUCAAUCAGGAGACCUGCACACCCACCUAAUAGACGAGAACAACGCUAAUCGAAGCAUUGGAAAAAAAUUACCCCAAUUUGAGACCAGGGCGGAAAAAUUCAGCCCUGAAUGUUACGGAUAUCCGGAUGACGGAAUGGGACAGAGGCCUGGGCAAGAAAACCUUUCACGUGCCACAAAUCUUGGAGGCAACGUUCCUAAUUUUGCUCCAGAAGCUGGAUAUCCAAACCCAGAAAGCUCUUGGAUCAUUCCAUCCAUAAGGCCGGAGCCUGAAGAAGGCAGCUAUGCUCAAAGAAAUAUGGCUUCUGAUAGUCCGCAUACAAAUAUCUUGAAACAGGCCGAGUCUAAUUCAAAUAAGAUGCGGGGCCCCUUACAUUUGCUGGAGCCCCGGCAGCUGAUCGUGCGUGAAGACCAUUUAGAACCAUAUAUGGUGAACGUGGGCCCGAUCCAGGACAUUAAUCCCGAAAUUAAGGCUGCGACUACGGAACUGAACCCAGGGUUCGAUCGGGAUAGCGUGUAUAGCGACAGCUGCUCCGAUUUCAGUCCUGAGAACAUUAAGGACAUUUUGGGAGAUAUUAAGUUGCCCGAUUGCCAUUACUGCAAAAAGCCCUUCCAGGAAAGCGAAUUUGCCAUUACCAUCGAUAGGGCUAGUGCCCUCUUCCAUGCUCAAUGCUUCAGAUGUGCCGGAUGCAAUCAGAACCUGGCAGACAACAUCUAUUUCUAUCACAAGGAAACAGACAACGUCUAUUGUGGAAGGGAUUACGCGAAGAUCAAGGGCUACCCCAGGUGCUCAGCGUGCGACGAACUCAUAUUCACUAAGGAAUAUUGUCUGGCCGAAGAUGCCACGUUCCACUUGAAGCAUUUCUGUUGCUUCCAAUGCGACGUGCCCUUGGCUGGCCAGGAUUACACAAUAGAGGAAGAGAAACCUUACUGUCUGCCCUGCUAUGAAACGUCAAAAGCGGCCACGUGCAAUGCCUGCGAAAAAAUAAUCAAACCAGACGAAAGAGGGUGUCAAUUGAAUGGAGUGCAUUUUCAUGCAGAGGACCGCUGCUUCAGUUGCAUCGUAUGCAAGGUACCCUUGAUGGGAAAGAAGCUAUUGCUGCGUAACGACAAGUUAUUUUGUUCUCACGCAUGCUUCAAUGUGGCAAAGAACUAAAUGGUUCACUAAGAAAAUCGGGAAAUCCUAUUAUAUAGAAAGUAUGAGCCUUGCCGGGUGCCUUCUCCAUGGUCCACCAAGCUAUUGUAUAUUCAAGUCUGUUCCUAUUAACGCUACAAGUUGUGAUUUUGUGCCUAAUUAAAUAUUCUACCAUAAUCCCGUUGAUGAUGCAUUUGACUACUUUAGUAUUUUAUAAACAUAUUUCUACAACCUGAAUAAAGUGCCAAUUAUA